AAUUUUUUCCUCUCUCUCUCUCGUUCUUUACCAACAAUUUUCUCUGUGUGGAUUGAAGCAACAAAAUCAAGGUUAGUUUUCUUCAAUUUUUCAGCAUUUUUGGUGUUUCAAUUAGGUCUUUAUACGCUCGUUUUCACUGAUUGUAGAGGGGAUUUCGUCGAUUAGAGUUAGGGUUCUGUUUAUUCAUUCAGAGUUCUGAAAUCCCGUUUUUCUCAAUUGGUAGAGGGGGUUUUUGUAAUCGUGAGUGAUUGUUGUUUCAGAAUCAGUGUUGUAGUAAUUUGUUUCUAUGAUUUUGUGAUUAGGUCUUUUUUCCCUAUUUUCUCUGUAAAUUUUUGAGCUUUCUUAGCACAUAAACCCUUUUUUUUCGGUGUAAUUGACAACGCAGUUUUAGGAUUUGGGUAAAUCGAAUUGGUGGUUUCCUUUGAGCAAUUUGGAAGAAUUGGAAGUAGGGGGUCUGUGAUUGUUCUGCAGCUGUGGGUUUUUCUUCAGUGUGUGUUUGCGGAAAAUUGAAUUGGGGGUUUUCUUUGAGCAAUUUGGAAGAAUUGUUAGUAGGGAUUCUGUGUUUGUUCUGAAGUUGUGGGUUUUUCUUUUGUGUGAGUUUCAAGAAGCAAAAUCAGUGGUGCCGUAUUUUUUGAACUAGGAUUCUGAAGGGGGUUGUUCUUUUUGUAUGUGAUUGAAGAUGCAAUUUUGUUUUUAGGAAUCUGAAAAGGAGUUUCUGAGUGAUUGUUUAGGAGACUCUGCAGUUUCUGAAGAGUUUGCUUUGUGGAUUGUUUUACCAUCCUCUGUGAAGGUGUAAUUAGUGUUUUGUUGUAUGGUAAUUUGAGUUUUCAGUAAUGUUGAAACCUUAAAUUCCCAUACACUAAACUCUAAUUUUUAUUCUUAAGUUGCGAUUUAUUCUUGGGUUGCGACAGUUGCAGUAAAGGUUAGGUCAGUUAUUUCAUCAUCAUCCUGUGAAGAUGCCGUGUUCAAGAUCAAGAUAUGUAUCUUCACAACCGAGCACAAGAUCAAGUCCUCUAUCUUCACAAUCUCUUGUGGGUUCAUCUAGUGCAGUGCAGGUUGAAUCUUCUACCAAUUCUCAAGCUCCAUCAACCGACAGAGAUAAUGAUCCCGAUGAUGACGUAUACUGCCAUUGUCCUUUCAAGCACUUCGAUGACUGCCAUGAUGGUGUAGGGGGAAGGGGUUACGUCAAAACCUCUAUCCUCAGGCAUAUACAUGAUCGACACAACCCAAGCACCAAAUACAGUUCUGUCUGUCAGGAUAGAAUACACACAGUGGUAAGUGUAUACAUGGUCUGGGAAAGGAAUUUGUGUCAAUUGCAUAUGUGGUUGUGUUUUUCAUGCAUGAAGGUUUAUUCUUAGAAGAAGCCCUGCAAAGAUCAUGCUGGUGGGGCUGUUUGUGGCCCUUUUAAUGACAGAGGUGCAGAUUUUCUCAUCUACGGUGCUGAUAAACCCACACCACAAAUUCCUGCAUCUCUUGUGCAAGCCAGGCCUGUAAGUGACAAUAACAUUCCUGCAUGUUCAACCCUUGAAGAUUCUUCUUUGGGUUUAUCAGUGGAGAUUCUCAACCUGGUUUACCAGAAACAGAUAACAACAAUCUCCAGCAUCCCUCCACAAUGCAGGCUUAAUUUCUCUAGAACCCUAAAAUCCUCUCUAGAUAAAGUUUUAUCCCACCCCAUGGAUUUAUGUUCACGGAUUCAGUUGCUCCUAUUGCCUAUCUGCACCCUAAACCUUUACUUUCCUAAAAGUUCCAAGGAGGAGAGGUCUGGCAACAGGAAAAAACUUCAAACUGCUUCCGUGAAUCUGGCCCUAGCCAGAUGGAAGGAGCCAGAGGGUUGUAUUGCUUUGUUACAACAAGUUCUGCAAGAACACAGGGAGGUUCAAAAGAGCAGGAAACAGGGUAAACAGAAACGGAAAACCAAUGUUGAGGCUUGCAAAAAGAAGCUCAGUCAUGGUCACUAUACUGCGGCUAUUAGGAUCUUAUCCUCUAACGGUGUUGUACAUGAUAACCCAGACACCCUAUACCAACUGCAGCAGAAACACCCUCAUGCACCCUCCCCUACUAUCCCUAUAGACACUAUUACGGCUGCAUCUGUUGUUGUGGGUAGUCAAAAAGUUUUGAAGGCUAUUCGGAGUUUUCCUAAAGGUACCUCUUGCGGGAGAGAUGGUCUUCGUGCUCAACACUUAUUGGAUGAAUUGAGUGGUCCUGCAGAUGCAGUUUCUAAAGAACUGCUCACCUCAAUUGCUGGUGUUGUUAAUUUGUGGUUAUCUGGAGUUUGUCAUGCUGUUUUAGGGCCAUACAUUGCCAGUGCACCUUUAACCCCAUUGCUUAAGCCUGAUGGUGGACUCAGGCCCAUCGCAGUAGGGACAAUGAGGCGACUUUGUUCUACAAUUGCAGCUACCACAGUUGGAAGUGAAAUGGCCAAUUAUCUUGGUGAUCAUCAAUUUGGCGUUGGGAUCCCUUGUGGUGGUGAAAUCAUUCUUCACGCUUCCAAUCGGAUUUUAGAACUGAAAGAACAUUAUGAUCAACAACUACUGGGAUACUUACAUCAUAUAGUUACCGAUGAUGGCGCUCGUUUUGGUAUUCUUCAGCAAAGACUUGCUACACUUCCAUUUAAAGAGGGAGGAUUUGAGGUCUAUACAAUGGCUGAUGCCAGCCAUUACUGUUACAUGGCAUCACAAAUUCAAAAACAACAUUUGCAGAAUACUAUCCUUAGCUCCAUCGACACUUCAGAAACAAGCCAUAACUACCAAUAUUCUCUCAACAAAUACAUGCAGGUUUGCGACCUCUCCACUUUCAGCACCAACUCUGUUUCCCCACAUCCCAUAAAAGCUUUGGCAGCACAAUAUUUCGAUGUUGUUAAGAGGAAACUACCAACCAAGUUUACUUUGACAACAAGAGACGCAUUUCUGUGGCAAAGUAAUAAGUUGAAUCAUGUUAUGGACUUUUUGAAAGCGAUUCCCAUUCCAGGCCUUGGCCAAUCUCUUGGUCCACGACAGUUCCGUGUCGUUGCUCAGUACAGACUUGGUAUUCCAUUAUUUCCUGAAGAUAGCAAAUGCUCAUGUUGUGGACGUGCUAUGGAUGUUUAUGGGGAUCAUGCCCUCCAUUGUGCAAGCGAGGUUGGUAUAAAGUUUCGGCAUAAUUUGGUGAGAGAUCUUGUCAUGGAUAUUUGCUACAGAUCAGGUGUCGCAGCUGGGAAGGAGGUAGCUUUGGGCUUUUUGUCUGACAACAACAAUGCUCUCAAGCCUGCUGACAUCCUCAUCUAUAAUUGGGAAAACGGUCAAGACACCUGCUUUGAUGUCACCGGAGUUUCACCUUUCUCGAGUGGUGUGAUUCGCAGCUUCAUACCAGGCCACGCUAUCUCCGCAGCAGUUACUCGCAAGUGUAACUAAUAUUUGGACAAGUGUGCGUCUCAAGGAUACCUUUUUUGUGCCUUGGCAUUUUCUACUUUGGGUGAGCUUGGAGAUGAAUUUGUUAUUCUGUUGAAGAGAUUGAAGAAUUGUUUGACCAACCAUGAUGUUAAUAGCAAAGUAGGUGGUCUGCUUUUCCAUAAGGUAGAUUUGGUUAUCCAGAAGGGCAUUGGUGCACAAAUUGUUACCCGACUCUAAUAAAAUAAAAUAAAAACCUUA